AUGUUUUGGAGAAGCAGCGGAUCCCGCAAAAUCUAUGAGCUGUGUCUACCGAUAGAUCUAGGUGAAGGACUCAUAAUAUCCCAUGACUUCAGCAGCCCCGUGAGGUAUAUACGGCAAGCUGUGUUCCAGCAAAAGUGUUACCAGGGCACGACGCCUAUGCUUAACUCGAACGUGAACUUGGUGCUUAAUACGUUUUCGGAGUCCCUACCGCUUGUGCGGAAGCUGUGGGAGGAGUUCACUUCGCCGCCUAAUAACGGUGUAUUCGUUUAUAGCGUGGUGCCGAUAGUGUACUCGAUCGCUAUAUCGGCGGUGAUUACCUGGUUCUUCACGAUCUUUGUCCUUACAAACUAUACCAUCAAACCUUCUUUUCUACUACAGCUGCUGACGAUACUUUCAUCUGUUUACAUGCUAAUAACUGUGAUCAAGUCGAUUAUUGUUUUGCAUAACCAGCAGCGGCAGGGCUUUUUGCACGGCGAAGCUGUGCUUCUGGCUGUGAACGAUACAUUAUACCUUAGCAUCAUCGACUUGAUAGUCGUUCUUUCUCUUCUCAUAUUGCAGGUUCAAGUGGUGAUGAGACUUUUUUCAAGACAGAGCGAUAAGCGUCUGAUCUUUUACGUGGGUACUGCUGCUGCCAUUGUAUCCCAGACGCUUUGGGGCGUUACCAAGUUCCACAACUUCCAUGAGGAUGCUGAAGCAGGUAAAAUCAUCCCAGCGUUGACUUACCUUAUCCGUAUUGCCAUGGGUAUGUGCUAUGCUGCUAUCUUUACAGCAUUCUUACUUAUAAAGAUAAAGCAGAUCAUUGCGAAUAGACACAUUUGGCUUAUUUCGCUCCUCACUUUAGUGUUUAUUUACGCUCCAGUGGCCUUCUUUAUUGCCGAUGUGUCUAACGCAUGGGUGUAUGCCCUUUCUGAAAUCUUUUCGGUGGUCACUUAUGUCAUCUGUGUGGUCAUUCCUUGGGAAUGGUGUAACAAAUAUAACGUGAUACGGAAGAUGAUGGAGAAAGAAGGUGUUUUGGGGCGCCGUUUUUAUGAAGACGAGCUCUAUGAACUUGAUAGGUUUGAGUUUUUUGUUGAAGAAGAAGCGCCCGAGACACCUCGCAGAUCAUCAUUCCAUGAUGACGAUUCUGAUGGCGAUGAAAGCGGCCCAUCAGCACCUCUUCACAGCCAGACCAGUUCAAGUAACACGAUAACUAAAGCAGUGACUAGAGAACAAAGCCUGAGUUUGGAGCAGCCGACCCAAUCUAGAUUCUUCAGAUUCACUAAUGGCAUGAACCUUGCAAAGAACAAGUUCCUUGAUAUCACAGACAAGAUUAUUGCUACUGGUUUGGCUGUUCCUCGUUCGGUCAGUGUUGGCAGUAGUUUUGGGCCUGUUCAGCAUCAGCCUCUUGAAAGACUGGCCGAAGCACCGUUGUCACAACUUCAGAGACACACCAUCAAGCCAAGAGAGAGUUGCCAAUACGAGAAGUAA